AUGUUCACCUUUAACGGGUCUUCCCGCAAACCCCGCGUUGUCAACCUCUCGGGACGUAAAUCCACUGUGCCGCCUCGUGGUUCCAAACCCUUACAAUCAGCAUCCCUCGCCAAUGCUCAAAAGGAGCGCGCCGAGAGAGAAGCCGAGCGUCGCCAACUCAAAGCUGCUUCCAACAUCCAGCGGGUCUGGAGAGGCCGGAGAGUUGUUGGCAUCCAGAGGGCCCAGUGGAGACGGGAGUGGGACGAGGAGUUUGGCGGGGAAACCAAGGGCAGUUGGAUCAAGGGUAUCGCCUUAUUUAUAGCCUUCAACCAGAGAGGUUUUGGAGUGCGAAGGGACCCUAAGGACAGAAUAGAUGAAGUGGGGUUUGGCGAAAGAAGAGGUGGGUCGAUAAAAGUUGCGAAGGGAUGCCGUGAGCGAAUACAGGAUCCUCACGAUUUUGAGAGAAUCAAGGUUCUGGUAUCCCUGGUCAUGGACGCUAUCAAGAAUGGAGAUAAUAUGGUAGGCGAAGAUCCGAAGCGAUCACGGUACCUGUUGGGCCAGUUUGCCAAAUUACUUGUUGAAACUCUAUAUGACGAUCCCGAAAUGGCCGAUCUGCCCGGCAAAGCUAUGAAUGAUGACUCUUUGAGGAAUUACUCUCUGAGACUGCUUCCAUGGCUGGCGGAGAGACUGCCGACGCUUGUCGAUGCAAAAUACUACCAGGCCCUCUCUCGAGUCACGACUGCCUGCGAGGCUGACUUGGAAGCGCUUUUGAGGGCUGUAUUGACGCCAUUACGCUCGAAAAACGAGCGCACUGCAUGGUCUUAUACGGCCUUUGCUGCAAACUAUCUCACUACCCCCGGGCUUCCGGAACGCCUGGGAGUUAAAGGGUUCUGUAUGCUACGGGAAGGAGUGGAUAUAGAGAAGCUCUUCAAAGCUAUAGAAGCUACGCCGGGCGCUUGGCUAGGUGCAGAGGUGGAAGAGCGAUUAUGGCUUUUGGCAUACAUAAUCGAUUUCCUGUUUGCUUCAUCGUCACGAAAAACGAUCAUUGACCUCACAGGAGAUGACCCCUUGAGGUUCAAUAGAGACGUGGAGCAACAAAGAGUUUUGUCACUAUUACUUGCUUCAGUUUCUGCAGAAGCCAGCAAGAGAAUUGAUAUCGAGGAUGUGCCAAUGGGCCAAGAAGAGGAAGAGGAUUCAGAUGAAGAGGAUUCAACCGAUAUAAAAUCCCGCUCCAACAAGAAACAACCGUUACCACCGUUUGUCAAGUCUCGAUUGGAAGGACUGUAUUUGCCGGGUUUACUCUCACCCUGCUAUUGCCGAGAUUACAAAGUUGCCGUAGAAAGCCUCAAAAAACGCAAUAAUUCCGAGGAUUCAGCGCAGACUGAUGAUGAUGAAGAGUGGAAUUUGAUUCUUCUUUUUGUCGAACUAUACGGAUUCCUGCUCAUGGUUAUGGACGAUGACGAGUUUUUCGCCGGCAGAGGAAUCAAAGAUAGGCAGCUACCGCUGAAGGAGGUGGGAGAAAUGAGCGUAUUUCUUAAAAGUAUGACAUUCGCGAUGUAUUGGGCAGGUGGAGAGAUAAUAGGUGAAGAUAAAUCGAAAACAAGUGGUGGAGAAAUCUACUUUAAAGAUCAAAAUAGCAAGGGGUGGAGCGUAGAUUAUUUAAGGGCACAGGCGACUACAUUGCUAAAGCAACUUUAUACUAGAGAUUCUCGACGAAGUUUUCUCCCUAAAGGCCACUGGCUCAUGACCAAUCAUUUCGAUAUGGAAGGAUUCAUCCCUUCAGUGGUUCAAGAAGAAGAAAACAGACACCAAAUGGAAGCCGAUGGCGAAGAUGUUGAAGAAGAGGACGAGCGCGAACUUGACCCCGCUGCUCUAGCUGCGAUGAAUCCGAUUGAGCGGCGUAAUCUUCGAUGGGAGCGAAGAAAAAGGUCCCAGCGUAAAAAGCAAAGAAAUAACUACCUGGCUGCCAUUGCUCCCCGCUUGGAAAUUCUUAAGAAUCUACCUUUCUUCAUUCCGUUUGCAACUCGCGUUCAGAUAUUCCGCCAAUUCGUCUCUGUGGAUCAGAAAAGACGCCGCGGAGGGUUUGUUGAUCCGGAUCAAUGGCGAGCGGCGGUUCUGUCACGGUCUAGACGUGGUACAAUGCCGAGACAUGAUGAAGCCCUGGACGGCCACGACAUGCUUUCCAGACAUCAUGCCACGAUCCGUAGAAACAGGGUAUUUGAAGAUGCAUACAAACAGUUUUGGCCUUUGGGCGAGAGACUUAAAGAGCCAAUACAAAUCACAUUUGUAGAUCAAUUCGGGACUGAGGAGGCAGGAAUUGACGGUGGCGGCGUUACGAAAGAAUUCUUAACCGGCGUCUGUGGAGAGGCCUUUACACCUGCUGCUGCCGGCGAUAGAAAUGCUGAUGAUGUCGAUGACGAUGAUGAUGACGACCACUUAGAACCCGGAGAACCGGAUGGUUCCUCCGGCUAUUCAAUUCGUCCGAAGCUGGGGAAGAACUUGUUUCUGGAAAAUGAACAGCAUUUGUUAUAUCCCAAUCCAACCAGUAUCGAAGUACUGAAAGAGGAGCUAUCGACAAUUAAUUAUCCAGAUCUCGACAAAGGCGUCAGACGCCUCCUCCGCCGCUACGAAUUUCUCGGCCGUGUGGUGGGGAAAUGUUUAUAUGAAGGAAUCCUCGUCGAUGUUGCUUUCGCUGGGUUUUUUCUUCUUCGGUGGUCCCAACAAGCUAGCGCCACCGCUAGCGUUGGGGUCAAUGAUCUCCGAGAUCUCGACGAGGAUCUCUACCGUGGUCUUGUCAAUCUGAAGAACUACAAUGGGGACGUCGAAGCAGAUUUCGCCCUCAAUUUCACUAUAACUUCAAGACUACCCAGCCAGAAGACUAUCACAAUAGAGCUAAAACCAGGCGGCGAAAAGAUCCCAGUUACAAACACAAAUAAAUUAGAAUACAUCCAUCUAGUCUCCCGCUACCGUCUCUCUGGACAAGCGUAUGAACAAACUGCCGCGUUCCUGAAGGGCCUCAACUCAAUCAUCCAGCCCUCAUGGCUCUCCAUGUUCAACCAGAGCGAACUUCAGACGCUCGUCGGAGGCGAUAUAAACACCCCCAUUGACGUAGAAGACCUACGCAGAAACACAAUCUACGGCGGCGUAUAUCAGGUUGGGGACGACGGGAAAGAGCACCCAAGCGUGCAGCUAUUCUGGGAAGUUAUGAGGGAACUUGACGACCCCGAGAGGAGAAAAGUUCUCAAGUUUGUGACAAGUGUUGCGAGAGCCCCGCUGCUGGGCUUUGGUAUCCUGAGACCCAAAUUUAGUAUCAGAGACGCGGGAGAAGACCAGUCGAGGCUGUGUAGUGCCAGUACGUGUGUGAAUUUGCUGAAAAUGCCGAGAUAUAAAGACUUCAAAAUACUGAAGGAGAAGCUAUUGUAUUCGGUGAACUCCAAUGCUGGUUUUGAUUUGAGCUAA